AUGGACCGCAACACCUUCGGGAGGCUUUGUAUAAUGCUGCGUCAAACAGGGGACUUAGUUGAUGGGGAGUAUGUGAUGGUGGAAGAACAAGUCGCGAUGUUCUUGAGUAUUUUAGCACAUCAUAAGAAGAUUCGGGUUGCUAAGUUUAAUUUUUUGAGAUCAGGCUUUACAGUUUCGCACUAUGUACAUGCUGUCUUGCAAGCCGUGCUAAAGCUUCAUGCAUCUUUCUUGGGGUGCCUUGGGGCAAUUGACGGGACAUACAUCAACGUACAUGUACCAAAUGCCGAUAAGCCUAGGUAUCGAUCCAGGAAUGGUCAAAUUUGUACCAAUACAUUAGCCGCGUGUGAUAGACGACUGAGGUUUACUUAUGUCUUGGCUGGUUGGGAGGGCUCGGCCGCUGAUGCUAGGGUUUUGCGUAAUGCCAUCACUCGAUCAAACGACUUCAAAAUGCGUUGGGGCAUUCUACGAACUGCCUCAUAUUAUCCUGUGAAGAUUCAGACAUGGUUGAUCAUAGCUUGCUUUCUACUCCACAACUAUACAAGAUCAGAUAUGCCUACAGAUAUAAUCGAAAUGACUGAGAAUGAUGAGUUUACUAAUAAUGAGGAGGCAGAUGAUGAUGGUGUCCUCGGGGAAUUUGUUGAUAGGGUGGAACCUUCCCCAGCAUGGAAUGAUAUGCAUGAUGCAUUGGCAGAAUCCAUGUGGACUUCAGUGAGAUACUGUUCACCUCUUGAAUCUGUGUAG